GUUCUACCUUCAUUCGUGUACCACUUGGAAGUGUGUAGAAGGAUCGAGCGAGAGAUCCAAAUCUGCGGUACGAGCAAAAAUCUGAUGGAAGCACCACAUCAAUCUUCUCACAAAACCAACUAAGAAGCUUGAAAAGCAAGAACAAAACAACUACUUACAAACUAGAAACAUCAUGAGCGAGGCAACGAACCAACGAAAGGCGGGAAACUGUUCGCGAAAGUGGACAAAGGCUCUCCAAACCAUCACGGUGCCCAUCCUGAAACCGUUCCUGGCCAUGAGCCAUUUCGCGGCGACGCAUCCCAAGAUUGUCAUCGUGGGCACCAUUGUUUUCAGCAUUGGAAUCAUGGCUCUUGGAGUGGCCACUAACUUUACCCAAGAGACAGACGACGACAUCUGGAGCCCUGCUGGCUCAAAGCCGGUUGAACAUGGGAAGUGGAUUGACGAAGAAAGCAACUUUCCCAAGGAUGCUCGUACUGCAGUCAUGGUGCUCCAUCGCGACGGCAAGGGCCUCUUUGGUGCCGACGAAACCGACACUGACAUGGCAUUGGAGAGCACCAAACGUCUCUUUGAAUCUGUUGACCACUUCCGCAACACUCCCCGGUACGAUGAACUUUGUGCCAUGUCUGGUUACAUUCAUCCCGCUGAUGAUGGCAGCUGGACCAAUACCUGUCAGAUUGUCAGCGCCACAACCUUUUGGAAUGAUAACACCACAACCUUUAAAUCUGAAGCAACCUCCGACGAAGUCGUCUUGACCGCAAUGAGCGCUGACAGGUACCCGUCGGGGGGAGCCGUCGACCACGACCAGCUCAUCGGCUACAACAAGUUCACGGACAAUAUCCUGACUUACGGCGAGUCUUAUGUGACUGUUAUCUUCCUCCCAGUUGACAAAGCGGACGACGAAAAUUCUGAGGCCUUCUCCAUAGAUUUUGAAAAGGACGCCAUUGACCGCAUCCUUGAAUUGCAGGAGCAGUGGAUUGCCGAAGAAGGCAAUGACUACAAAGUUGAGAUCAUCACAGGGCGCUCCUUUGAAGACGAGUUUGGCCGUUCACUGACCAAGGAUCUUCCCCUCCUUCCUCUGGUCUUCUUGCUCAUGUCCAUCCUCUGCGUCCUCUUCUUCACCAGACGCGACAAAGUUCUCUCUCGUGGCUGGAUGGGCUUUGGCGCUGUGAUCACCGUGCUCUUGGCCAUCAUUGCCAGUUUUGGGCUUCUCUUCGUCAUCGGUGUUCCCUUCACCUCCUUGACGCCUCUUCUUCCCUUCAUCAUGUUCGGAGUUGGCUUGGAUGCUGCCUUCAUCAUCUCUGGCGCAUUUGCCCGCACUGAUCAUCGCAAGAAUGUCGUCGAGCGGGUCGACGACACCAUGAAAGAUAUUGGCCACACCAUCCUGUUGACCACUCUCACCAGCUCUCUCGCAUUUGCGCUUGGUGCCGUGUCCAGUAUCCCUGCUGUUCGAUACCUCGUCAUUUAUGCCUUCCCAACGAUCAUCAUUGACUUCCUCUUCCAAAUCACCUUCUUCAUUGCCAUCAUUGUGAUUGACCAACGCCGGAUCGAACAAAACCGCCGUGACUGCUGCUUCUGUUGCGCGGCUCCCGAAGUUUCUGAUGCCUCCACCAGGGACCUUUCCGGCAAGCCUGAACAGCACUUUGCUGAUCGUCUCAUGGUCGGCUACGCCAAGUUCUUGCUCAAACCCGCUGUGAAAUGGGUCGUGAUUGCCUUCUUUGCCGGUAUGCUAGCUUUCUUCUCUUGGAGGACAUCCGAGUUGAGGCAGUACUUCGACUUCACCAAGAUCAUCCCCGCGGACUCUUACAUCCAAGGUUGGUGGACAUCCUACAACGACUACUACGAAGCCAACGGAGUCCGGGCUGGUGUCUACUUCCGAGAUGUCGACUUCUCCAGCCAAGAUAUCCAAGACCAAAUGGAAUCUUACGUUCAGGAGUUGGCCGCAAUGCCAUACUCAGGCGAGAACGAACCCUUCAGCUUCUGGCUUCGCGACUUCCGCGAGUUUGUUGCAAGCGAGAACAUUGAGUCCUUGGUCUUUGAGGAGCAGAUCAAAUUGUUCUUGGAGAAUCCUCUUCACUACGAUGCCCACCACGAAGACAUUGUCUUGAAUGAGGAAGGAGUCAUGACCGCGUCUCGUACCCUCAUCAGGCUCGACAACAUUGACGAAGAGAAUGUCUUGGAAGUUGUGGCCGCAUUGGAGCUCCAACGCAGCAUCUCCGCCAACCAGCUCAUCAACAAGGAUAAGGAUGAAUGGGCUUUCUUCACCUGGGCCGAAGACUACUACAUCUGGGAGUUCUACCUCGUUUCUCCCGAUGAAUUGCGCCUCACCACGAUCAUUGGAGUGGUUUCCGUCUCAUUCCUCGCGCUCAUCUUCAUCCCGCAUUGGACAGCAAUUCUGUUUGUGGGCCCCAUUGUGGCCAUCCUUUACAUUGACCUGCUGGGCUUCAUUGAACUCUGUGGACUCGCAGUCAAUCCUGUCAUGUAUAUCAGUACCGUCAUGAGUAUCGGGCUGAUGGUUGAUUUUGUUAUGCACGUCACUCUACGAUACGUGGAAACCAAGGGAGAAAGCCGCACCCAAAAGACUACUGAAACUCUCGAGACAAUUGGAGCUUCUGUGUUGAUUGGAGGAAUCUCAACUUUGCUUGGUGUCCUUCCGCUGGCCCUCAGUUCCAGUGAAAUCUUCUUUACGACUUUCAUCAUCUUCUUUGGCCUUGUCCUCUUGGGUCUUUUGCACGGGUUGAUCCUGCUCCCUGUUCUUCUGUCCAUGUUUGGCCCUCUCGACUCCAUAUCUGACGAAGAAGCAGAUGCGGAACCAGAAAAGGAGCUUACCCAGACAGGCAAUGCCGCGGCCAGCAACAGCAUGGACGAGCCGGAGUUGGACAACAUCAGUGUGUACUCGACAGAGUCGUUAGAAGUUUAGGUGCCUCCGAGCAUGUAUGUGAUGCGGUCGUGUUUUUGUAACCUUGAGAAUAACCUAUAGAUGCAUAUACUAUUGAG